AUGAUGGUGAAUAAUAAACUAAAAGAUACCAUCCGUCCUGGUGCAAAACUAACUGUAGAUGAAUUCAUGUUCCCUUGGUAUGGAAGAGGUGCGUACUUCAAAGAUGGGAUACCAGCAGUUAUGAAAAUCAGUGCAGCUUAUUGCCUGUGCUGGAAAGACAAAAAAACUAAUACAUUGGUUGCCACUUGUGAAACGACACUGCCAGGCCUGCCAUCACGCAAAAGAAGGUGGGACGAUGAAGGAAAUUUAUUUUUCAGAGAAGUCGCAAGGCCUAAAUUAAUCCAGCAGUAUUUUGAUGGUGCUGCAGCUAUCGACAUUCACAAUCACAUCAGGCAGAACGGAUUGGCGUUAGAGAAAGCUUGGGGCACAUAA